AUGAGCGUGCGGGGAGGUGCAAGUUGGAGCGCAACUUACUGCAAGCAGUAUGGGAGGGACCGCUGGAAUGUUCUUCUUAAUGCUCUUGCGGACGUUCCUACCCAAAUUGCAUUUGUGGCACCGACCAUUUCUCACAGUGCGCUGCGAUAUCUUCAGAGGAAAUCGCGGUUUCUGCCUUGCGUAAUCCCCAACUGCUUCAUCCACGAUAGCAAUGCAGAGCUACGAAUGGACAAUGAGAGCAGCGCACCAAGCAGCUCGGCUUUGCCCACUAGUACAGCACUUGUAGAGAGCAAUACAAUUGGAGCAAGCGAUGCAGGCAGGUCUACUGUGCAUGCCGUGGCCACUAAUUUCCCGUGCAACAACUGUGAACAUCCUGGGGCCAGCGGCCAGGGUCCCGCAAAUAGGGACCUUAAUAAGCAGGUACAGAUUGUUGAUGAUGACCAUGUCAUAGAGGAGGCGAGGGAGAAGACGUAUUUUCUGGAUGGGGCAUCUGCUCUUGCAGCGUAUGCCCUUGGGGCGCAGCCGGGAGAAGUGGUGCUUGACAUGUGCGCGGCACCUGGAGGCAAAUCGCUGAUAAUAUCAUGCAUGAUUACAGUAGCAAGAGUUCCAUACUAUGCCAUCGGAAGUCCAAGCAUGCCGUACCACAUCAGAAGUUCUGAAGAUGACGAGGACGACCAAGGCGGGCUUUUAGUAUGCAACGACGCAAGUCGGGAUAGAUUGGCGCGACUUCAGGCCACAAUGUCCAAGUUUUUGCCAGAAUACGCAACGGCUGGGCAGCGCCUCCAGUUCAGCUGUGCGGAUGUCUGCAAGGGUGGCUCAUUCGAACGUUUCGCGCCAUAUGAUAGGAUUCUUCUGGACGCGCCGUGCUCCUCGGACAGACACCUUUUGCAUAAAGGAGGAUCAGCGAUUGCAAACUGGUCACCAAGCACACCUAAGGCGCACGCAGAGCGCCAGCUAAAGAUGCUCCUUAUUGCUUCAAAGCUUUUAAAAAGGAAUGGCAUUCUGCUUUACACAACUUGCUCAUUGUCUGAAGCUGAGAAUGACGCAGUUAUUGAGAAAUUCCUCAAGAAAGCGAAAGUCAACGUCAAGAUACUUCCCCUAUUUAGUGGGGAGUGGCCUCCUGAAGUAAGACUUCUUGAUAGAGUGGCGGCGGUGCAACCUCGAACAACAGAUUUGCCAUCUGUUGGCCAUUCAAAAUCCGCGGUAUUUUCUAUUGAAAAGUUAAAGCACGGCUUUGCAAUGCUUCCAGACAUGUCGAAUUUCGGGCCCAUGUACUUCUGCAAGAUGCAGAUCACAGGGCAGUGA